AAGCAUUAUAUUAUUGCAAAUUUGCAGCGAUGCAGUGUCCUAACGAGCCAAUUCACAAAACAAGUGUUGAACAGAAACGGCAUGCACAAAAUGUAGCCAAAAAACAACGGUUAGGCAUGCCAAAAUUGCGUGACUUACUGCGAGAGAAAUGUCGCAUACGCAUUGUAAAUGCUCGUAAGGGAAAUGUCGAUGGCAACCGUAAAAUUCAAUUGGCUGACUUGGAUAACAUUUUACGUUUGGAACUUAAUGAGUUGGAUCAGGACUUGGAAAUGGAGCAGCACAUCUAUGAAGAGCUACUGGCUGAUGUUAACGAAUGGUACGCUCUACAAGAGCAAAACCUUGAAGAGCUGUUUGCUGAGAACGAACGGGAUCCGUCACAAGUACCAAUAAUCUGUCCAGUCUGCCUGAAGAAACCACUUCUUCACAUAAGCAGUUUAUAUAAAUGCGAGUGUGGUGUGCAGUUUGAGCAUGCCGCCGAUAUUAUCCAACUGCAGCAGUUGAUUCAAAGUAGAAUCAACGAGCACGAAGUAAGCUGCACCCAAGCAUUGCUGUUUUUCAUAGAAGCCCAGCCAAAGUCUUCCCUCUUUGCCAUUUGUGGAAGCUGUGAUUAUUGCUGUUCAGUUUAAAACGGACAGACUUAUAUUUUGUAUUUAUUUAUUAUGUCUGGCUGCGUCCAGCUUUAAAGAUUCUUAUUUAAGUUUGUUAGUGAUUUAGGAGUACAUUGUGAUUGUAGUUGGAUCAUGGUAUUCAUUUUCAUGGUCAAUUCUGGCGUAAAGAUCAAAUUUUCUUAGUAUAAUAUGAAUACAUUGUCAAUCUAGCUCAUA